AUAUGGCCGACCAUUUCCGCCCGAUCGCAGCGAUUUCCCAAACUCUGCCCUUUCAACACAUUUUGGACUUCAGCUCCCAGAAGCCUCAGCCACGUUGGCCGAGAGCCUGGGAUUCUGGGAGCUGAAGUCCACAAUUAAAGAGCACAGUUUGGGGGCCACUGCUACAGACUAUAUCUGUUGAAUCAGUGGUUCUUUAAAGGAUUUUGGACUUCAGCUCCCAGAACCCCAGGCUACUGGCCAACGUGGCUGGGCCUCCUGGGAACUGAAGUCCAAAAUCUCUCUUGAAGAUCGCUGCCCUCCUCAACAUGGCGGCAUUAUUCGCCCGCACAACAAUGACUGACCUUCCCAAGAUGGCGUAAGAGGCCAGUGGUUCAGAGUGGAGCUGUCGCCGGAGCAACAUGGAGGCCGAGCCUGAGGCAAAGGCAACUCCUCGGAGGCCUCUCAGCCUUUUUGAGCUCAGCGGGGCGGUGGUCAGCUCCGCCAUGGGGCGCGUGGAGAAGGAGGUUUGGGCACUCCCAGGUCCAAUACUCCAGGGUAUCUUGCCUCUUCUUAACAUUUAUUAUCUGGAGCGAAUUGAGGAGACUGCUGUGAAAAAAGGACUCUCAACCCAACCUAUAUGGUGCAAGCUCUGGUUUGACAUCAUGAAAACAAGACCUUCUAGAUUAGAGAAUAUCACGUGUUGGAGGAAAAAGUUCCUUGAAACUUUCUUCUCAAAUGUGCUGCGUGGGAUCUUGGAUGUAUCUUCACACCAGUGCCUGCAUGAUCCUUCCUUUUUGCCUUUGCUGUAUACUUCACAGCACAUUACCCAGCUUACCAUCUACAAUAUGCUUGAAGGUGUUGCAGAACUCUUGGCAAAACAUAAUCAAGAUGUUCUAGAAAGCUUGGCUGUCUCACUGAGAUCCCUGACAUUCCGCCACCUUCUCUCCUCCAGUCUGUCCGCUAGAGACCAGUUGAGUAUGUUCCUUCAUCGCCUAAUACAUCAUGGGGCUGUGGACCAUCUAUCAAUGUACUCUUGGCCUGAUCCUGAUCCAGCUCUUUUAGCCCUUAUUCUAAAAAUGGGUGCUGGAAUUUGGCAUCCUGGAAAAACACAGAUGAACCAAGAAAACCUUUGUCAUCUCUGCAAAGAGAAAUCUGCAGAACAGAGCCAAAAGUUAGAUCAAGAGCUUACAUUUCCUUCGGAUUCAGGCAGACAGUUUCAUAGUACAGCAGCUGGCCAGUGUAGUGAUAAUGAUCUGAGAAAUGAGAAAGCAUUGCCCCUUGUGUCUCAAGAAUCUGUUUCAGCCUUUGACAACCAUACCAGUUUGGCCAGAACCAACAAUGAGAAUCUUCAAGACACACUGAACUACAAAAUGGACAGCAAUUCUUGCCAAAGUAGGGCACAGUAUAGUCCAUGUUCAGAGAGCUGUAAUGCUGAGAACUUUCCCACAUUCCAACACGAUUCUCCUUCGAGAAGAUUUCAGAAACGGGGCAAAGCUGUAACAGCAAAGAAGGGCAGCAGCCCUCAGAGGUCCAGCAAAGUGACUGCCGACUCAGAAGACCUUUAUGAUUUUGUCUUUAAAGUUGCAAGAGAAGAACAGGAGAAAGGAUUCUACAGCAAAAGAAGGAAGACAGAGGAGGGAAGGACUCAUGCUAAUUCUUGCCACUUCCCAGCAGAAGCUAUCAGUGUAAAUGGUACGGAUUGUGCAGGAGUCCAAUAUCUUGGGAUCACCUCUGUGAAGACAGCUGGACACUUCCGAAGCGUGUCCACACUGGAGAUGUUCUCCAUCCCACUGACCAGGAAUAUGUGCCAGAUGCUUGGUAACCUGCUAAGCUCUUGGGUAUCGUUAGAAAAGCUUGUUCUAACCUUAAAUGGCCUAGGCCCCGGGAUUUCCAGUAUCCUCUCUGGACUUCGGACCCUCUCCCAACACAGCAGUUACUGCCUCCGUGUAGUAUGCAUUAGUGACAUGUUUUCACAUGUUCCCUGCAUGAACCUUGUACAUUCUUUUUUGAGUGCUGUUCCAUUGCUUCAAACCCUUUUGAUCAGUUUUGAUCUCAAAACUGCAACAGAAUGGGACAGACCAGAAGAGAACUUGAGUUCAUUGUCCUUACAAGAAGCAAUUCCAGAGAGCCAUCUGGAACAUCUUGAAAUCCGAUUUCCCAGGGAACCUCUUCAAACUAGUCUUCUGGUGCCAGUAUUGAAAUCUUCCAGGUCUCUCCAGAGUCUCUCUCUAGACAGUGUUUCUAUUUCCUGUCCCCAGGAGGUUGGGCUUCUCCUUUGUGCACUCAAAGAAUAUAGCCCAAGCCUGAAGAAGCUAAGCUUUCAUGACAUCAAUCUUUCUAGCCACUCAGAAGAAGUCCUCUUGCUACUACAGGAUCCAGUCCUUCAAGAAAUCACCUUUUCCUUUUGUCGGCUGUUUGAGAAUUGUGCUGCAGAAUUUCUGUCUGAAAUCAUCAAUGUAGUGAAGACGAAUUCAUCACUGAAGAGCCUCAAACUCCCUGGAAAUAGGCUUGGAAAUCACAGGUUGGUGGCACUGGCUGAUAUUUUUUCUGAAGAUUCAUCCUCUUCCAUCUGUCAUCUGGAUGUAAGCUCCAACUGUAUCAAACCUGAUGGGCUUCUGGAGUUUGCUAAGAAGCUGGAGAGUUAUGUAACCCAACACAGAGAACAAAUCAAGUUCACAAAACUUUGCCUCUAUCAGAACUGGCUGGACCAAGAUGCUGCAACUGCACAAGAGGCCCUUUCACGUUUAAAAGCAAUGUGCAGUGUAGUCAGUGACACAUGGGACUCAUCUCAGGCCUUUGCUGACUACAUAAGUGUAAUGUAAAGAACAAUUACAAAACAAUAUCUUGUAAUAAAGCUGCUUACUGAUGUA